AUGAAAGAUUAUAUUGAAAAAUUAGAUGAUGAGAAAUUAAAACUUGAUUUUAAACAUGGAAAUGUUACAUUAGAAAAUCUUCAUUUAAAACCAGAAGCAUUGGUUGGAAUGGGUCUUCCUGUAACAGUAGCGACUGGUUUUAUUGAAAAACUUUCAAUCGCUAUUCCAUGGAAAAACCUUCAAUCACAUCCGACAAAAGUACAACUCGACGGAUUCUAUAUGUUAAUUGUACCGAAGAAUGAAGUACAUCAUGAUUUGCAUGAAUAUCAUGCAGAAAAAAUGAAACGAGUUCAACGUAAAUUGGAUAAUCUUAGAAAAGCAGCAUUAGAUGAACAAAAAGUUAAUGAAAAAGAAAGAGGAUUUUUUGAAAAAAUGAAAUUUCAAAUGUUACAAAAUCUUGAAAUAACUCUAAGAAAUUUUCAUAUUAGUUAUGAAACGAAAUCAACUACUAAAUUAGGACAUCCAUUUUCAUUUGGUGUUACAAUUCAUUAUUUACAAUUAAUUACAACAACAAAUAAAGAACGAGCAGAAAAAGUUAAAGAAAAUACACUUGUCAUUGCUCAGCUUAAAGAAGUCGAAUUAUUAUCACUCUAUUGGAAUACGAAUUGUACAUCAAGAAUUCAUAUGCCAUUUCAAUAUGUUGUUGAUGAUCUCAAAUCGAAAAUAGCGACUAAUGACAAAGUACCAAGAAGCGAUCAAAUGAAUUAUAUUUUGCAUCCAGUCAAUUUGAAUUUAGAAUUAGAAAUUUCAACUAAAUUCGCGGAACAAAAUUUUCAACGACCAAUGUAUAAAAUAAAAAAUAAAAUAGAACGAAUGAGUUUUGAAAUUGAUCCAAAACAAUUUUCUGAUCUACUUGAUUUUAUUAAAUUUCAAAAUUACAGUGUUUUCUAUGAUCGAUGUCGAGAAUAUCGUCAAUUGUGUUUAAAAGAUUUAGUUGGAAACACAAAAUUAACAAAAGAAGAACAAGAUCGUUUUCAAGUCCUAGAAUCAAAAUUAGAUGUUUUCACAAUGGCAUAUAUUCGACAUAGUGUUGAAUUAGAAACUCAUUUAUAUGCAGACACAAAUGCUUAUGAUGAUUAUAGUUGGUGGAGUUGGUGGUGGAGUGGAAGAACAAACGUGAAUCAAGAUCAUCAUCGAGUAAUCAAAGGAAACAUGCAUGAUGAAGAUGAAUUUUUCUCCGAAGAGUUGUUAGAUAUUGAAGCACAACUAAUAAUAAACAAACUUGAUUUUGCUUUAUUAUCAGCAUCAAAAAAAAGAAAAUUAAAUGAAAAAAAUGAUAUAAUUAGUCAUAUUAUAAUGGAAAAUACUCGAAUGAAUUACAAACGACGAGCUAUUUCGUCGAGUAUCUUAUUUAUAUUUGAUAUUGGAUAUUUUCGAAUAUUUGGUUUAAAAUCUAAUGAACAACAUCGACCAUUAGUAUUAACAUCAAGUUCGAAAUCAUUAAAUUCAUUGAUACAUCUAGAAUUUGAAUUAGCUCCAAUUCAUAAAAAAGCUGAUUUUCGAUUUCUUUUAAUAAUGGAACCACUAACUAUAAUCUAUCAUGCUGCCACAAUCAAUGAAAUUGUUGCACAUUUUGAACCAAUUGAUAAAAAUACUUAUUCUGUAUCUUCACAUUGGCGUAUUGCUGUUAAAAUAGCACAAAUGGCUGAAGUUGAAUUAUCAAAAAUAAUUAUGACUAAAAUUAUAAAUCAUCAUGAAUCAGUUCCAUUAUUUUCUUCAAUAAUGAUAGAAGUAAUCAAUCGAAUUAAUCUAUAUUUUAAUAUAUUUCCUCCUCAUACGAGUAUCGAAUCUCAUAUCUCGAUUAAAAAAUUAUCUUUAAUUAUUAUGCAUACAAAAACAUCGAUCGAAACAGAUAUAUCCUGUCAUAUAUUGAAGACAAGAGAUGUAGAUGAAUAUAGUAAAUCAAUAAGUAUUAUAUUAAAAAACUUAUCAAUGAUACUUCAUUCAUCUUUAGUAUCAAUCCAAUCAUCUUGGCCAUUUUACCAAAAUAAUGUUAUUGAAUUAUUAUAUUCUGACACUGGUACGAAACUAUGA